CUGACUGAUGAGGACCAUCCAGAGAAACAGAACGAGUACUUUUCAGUGACAACUCAAGGCCCUCACCCUGAAGAAGUGCUGACAGAUGUUCCUACUGGGGUUAGCCUUGACCAACCACAGCCGAGUGCUCCAACAGUUCCAAAGAUAUCUGCCACUGAGGCAGCAGCUCCAGCUUCCACUCUUCCAUCUCCUUUGGACACAGUCCAAGGCAUUGAAGCAGAAUCAGAGCGUGAUCCUUUACCAUCCUCAGUGGAUAGUGGCGUAGCCCCUCAGGACAGGAGCGAUUCAAGUGAAGGGUCCAGUGGAGUGACUACAGUGGACCUGCCUGCAGAAAAUUCAAACAUUCAAAUCGACACAAGACCGAGUGGGAACAAAACAGAAGCGGAAUUAACUGAGCCACUGGAAGAGGAGAGUGGGAGUGGGCUUGCUUCCGAGUUUGAUGAUCAUCCAUAUGAAUCCACAGCUGCACCCGCCAUGAGACAAGUCAACACACCACUGAUGACCGCAGUGGACAAGAGCAAAGAGUUAGUGGUUUUCUUUAGCUUGAGGGUCACUAACAUGAUGUUUUCUGAUGACCUGUUCAACAAGAGCUCCCCUGAGUAUAAAUCACUGGAACAUACAUUUCUUGAACUGACACAGCACUCUGGGUCCCAAAACUUGCCAAACACUGGAGCAUCUAGUAAAUCUGGGCCUAGGCGACAGACAACUUUAGCCUCCAUACCGCUUUUGCCAUACUUACAGUCCAAUUUGACUGGAUUUAAGCAGCUGGAGAUUCUAAACUUCAGGAACGGGAGUGUUGUGGUAAACAGCAGGAUGAAACUGGACAAGCCGGUUCCUUAUAACGUUACAGAAGCAGUGCACUGCGUGCUUGAGGACUUCUGCAGCGCAGCAUCUAAACGGCUGGACAUUGAGAUUGACAGUCGCUCACUGGACAUAGAACCAGCUGACCAAGCAGACCCUUGUAAGUUCCUGGCCUGCAAUGAGUUUUCACGCUGCGUGGUAAACAGUUGGACCAAUGAGGCAGAGUGUCUGUGUGAUCCUGGCUACAGCGCCGUGGAUGGAUUGCCUUGCCAGAGCACCUGCACACUGCAGCCAGACUACUGCAUGAAUGGCGGCCUUUGUGAAAUAAUCCCAGGUCAUGGAGUAACCUGCAGAUGCCUUUCAGGCAAGCACUGGCACUACCAUGGGAAACGCUGCAGUGACCUGGUUUCCGUGCCGUUAGAUCCAUCCCUGAUCGUAACCUGCCUCGUGGGAAGUCUCUGCCUUGUUUGUGCCAUCAUUGGAAUUCUGAUAUUCAUCAACAAGAAAUGUGUAAAACCCAGAAAGGCCAUUACUUUGGUGCAUACCUUUGCUCCCUAUGCCUUUGAGAAUACUUUGAGGGAGAACCCAGUAUUUGAGAACGAUGAUGGUGUCUUAACUCAAGUAUCCACAUUGCCAUAUCCUUCGAGCUCAGCCUCUUCCCAAUCCCAACAUUCUGAGCAGGAACAUUUUGCCUCAAUUGAAAAUAUACGUCUGAGUAUUGAGAUCCCCAGACAACUCUACACAACAAGAUCAGAAAAAUUAGUCUCAGAAAUGGUGGAUUUUCAUCACUGCAUACCACACAAUGAGACGUGGCAUCUGCAAAAUGAAUACAGAACCUGUUGUCUUUUAAGGGCGUCAGACAGCGACUGUUUUGAAGUAACAGUUCUAUGA